AUGGAUGAAAUUGUGCUUCCUGGGGAAAUCAUCGGAAUGUGCAAUACGUUCCUAAAUGGAGAAAACACAUAUUGUGUGAAGACAGAAAUAAGAUCUGCAAUUCUUGGGAAAAAAGAAGUUAGGUUUGACAAAGAUGGAAAUAAAGUUCUAAGUGUAUCCAACACAAAAUGGUUCGUUGCGUUACCACAAGUAGGAGAUAUAGUAAUUUGCAAGGUUUAUAGAGUUACAUUUAACAUAAUUUAUUGUACCAUCAUUUUAUUGAAUAAUAAAGUAUUAAAAAAUCCAUUUAAGGGAUACAUAAACAAAAGUGAUAUUCACCUCUACGAAGGAGAAUUGGGUGAUAAUUUCGAAUGCUACAAACAAGGGGAUAUAAUAAAAGCUAAAGUUUUAUCGAUUGCUCAGCAUGGAUCAUACAAAAUAUCUACGGUAGGUUCAGAUUUAGGUGUCAUCUUGGCUCUCAGUAGAAUAGGUAAAAUACUGAAGCCCGUGGCAUGGAACCUGAUGAUCAAUGUGAGUGACAUGAGUUUCGAGAAGAGGAAAGUCUCCAAUGAUUUUUCUAUUCCGUUUUAG